GCUUUCAAUGUGUCAAAGUUACAUACAUGACUACUUGAUUUGUUAUUGUCUAAAAAAAAUAACAAAAUGCAAAAUUAUGAUCCGCCGCCACCUUAUACCGCCGAACCGCCUCCUGUAGGCGUACAUCAGCACUAUGCUUACCCAACGGCCCCUCACAACCAGCCGUCCGCCCCGGUCUACACGACGGAACAACCGCGCCCGAAGCAGGCGGGCCCGGUGCCCACCUACGGCGCCACCCACACCACCGUCAUCGUACCGGAGCAGCGGCAGGUGAUCGUGGUCGGCGGCUGUCCGGCGUGCCGCAUCGGCGUCCUGCACGACGACUACACGUGUCUGGGCGUGAUGUGCGCCAUACUGUUCUUCCCCGCCGGCAUCCUGUGCUGUCUGCUGCUGAAGGAGAAGCGUUGCUCCAACUGCGGCGCCAGCUUCGGUUAGGGCGGUGAUUUGGGCCGUGCGGUUAUGUGAUACUCUGUCCUAUUCUGGCCUACCUUUUACUGUGUGAAGAUGACAGGGUCUUAACAAAGUACAUGUUAUCAAAAUAUAUUAUACAAAUGUAGUCUAUUCAUAAGUUUUUAAGUUUUUUUAGCACCUACGUUCUGAAGGUGGAAAGAUCUGUAUUUUAAGAUGUAUUUUAUCCUUUACUUUAUGUGGUUAAUGAUUAUUACCAAUUUUAAAUAAAUUUUUAUAUAACAA